UUUCGUCGAUGGACGCCACCAUCAAAAAUUCUAAUCCACGAAACGAACGUGUAUAAGCGCGUUCCUGGCGCAAUUUCGCCGUCGUGACGGCGGUCGCAACCCCACCGAUCAGCGGAUCUCGCGUCCCAAAUUCGCAGAUGGACGGCGAACCGCGAUUACCGUUUUCCUGAGCGGACGGAGGAUCGAUUCCGUCCGUCCGGUCAACGUACUGUGCAUAUUCGAGAAAAUUAGUAUCCAGCAAAAGGAAAGAAAGAAAGAAAAAAGGAAAAACACCUAUUGUUGCAGUACGCCCGUACGGGAUUGCGAGUCGCGACGGAUCGCUGCCUAUCGAUCGAAAUUGCGAAGCAUGAUGUCGAAUCGAUCGUAGCGAAUCGAUUUUGUGACUCCACAUCGAUUACUCGCACGGGUUGACACGGGUGAAGAUGGCAUAUACAUCACUAUCCAAGUUUAUACCCAUAGACACGUCCAACAUGUGCCCCAUCAAUAUGGCAAAGCCCACUUUAUCCGAAGUGUUGCAAUCAGAUCCAGUGAAGCGUCUUUUUAAUCAACCGAACCUUAUUAUUAAGACAAUUCCUUUGAAAUUAUCAACGGAAGCUAACAAAAAUUUAUUUGGAAACGGGAAGAAUGGCAUGAAUAUAACAUUAUUAAAUAAUAUAAAGCAACCUGAAAUAUCGAUAGUUCCUGUGAGGAUAACGGACGAGGAGAGAGAGGAUGCUAAUCUUCUGCCUUCGAAAAUAGAGGACAAAAAAUCAGAAAUUGCCUUGAUACCUAUCAGAAAAAAAGUGUGUGGUCAUUAUGAGCCAUGCGAAAACAUCAUCUGCGAUGUAAUAGUACAACAGUACGUGGAUCAGAACGGUGCGUCGCCUAUGUUAGCGACGAACAUAGACGAAGAAGAAAUAAACGCACCAGUUGCAAAACACUGUAAAAACGAACGCUGCGACGCAUUAAGUAUCGACCAUAAUCGUUGUCGCCGGGCGACAAUAAAACUCCAUAGAUGCGACAAGUCCCGAACGUGCGACAUCUGCGGAACAACGCUGAAAGGAUGGAGGUACGUGUACAGGAUAUAUCACAAGAGUUGCAGACGAAAGGACGAGUACAGGCACAACAACGUCGACAGAUUGCACCUGCUGAGGGAGAGAAUGCGCGAGCGGGAGUUGCAAAUUCUGGAGAUUGCGAAAACAAAGCGAAACGAUUACUCAGAUCCUGUACGAGCGAUGGAGAUCUUGCGGCAGAACGACGAGCUAAUAAUUAUUCCGAAAACAAUACCUAGUCAACCAUCGAUCAUCAUCACUUCGGUAUCUACCCAAUCGAUCGGCUCCAAUCCACCCGUCAACGCGCAACCUGUCGAUGCUAAUAAUUCGCGAGGAAGUAAUUUCACGAAAAUCGAAAGCGCGCCCAUUCCAUCACGGAGCAACGCAAUGUCCGACAGCGCAUUGCGUCCGGAAGAAAGUAAAGCGCAACCGAUCAGCCAGAUGAGAUUUCCGAAUCUGCAACAGAACUCGUACGUCACGUGUACUCCGACUACCGCUGUAACUACUGCUCCUGCAGCCGUCGUGUCGUCACAAAAUCAGUAUAUUCAUCUGAUAGCUCCCUCUCAAAUCACCACCAGCACUAUGACCACCACCACUACUAUCAGCACCACCACCACCACCAUCACCACCAGCACUACUGCUACCACUGCUCAAUCUCUGACGAUAAAUAAUUGGGUUGUGUCGCCGUCGCAUGUUCUAACGACUACGCCAAUUCAACCGAAAUCGUUCCUGACGCCGAUACGCGUGUUGCCUAUAACCAAUCUGAUAACCGCGCCGUCAUUGUUACAUCGCACACAGGGCAUUCCCAAGUUCUGUAUCAUGACGAAUAAUCUGCUGAAGCCGGUGGCCAUAUCGAAUCCACCGCCCCAACAGCCCGUUGUUGCCGCCGCCACCACUGUUCCUAAUACCAAUGUCGCGCAACAAAGAGUUAUCAUAAAGGUUCCGAUACAACACAAUCCACAGAAGCGGCAGAUGCCGAAGAAAACACCGAAGAAGAAGAGUUUCUUUUGUGUCUACUGCUCGAAGCACUUCAGCACCGACUGGUACUUCAAGAUGCACGUCGCAAGGCACGAGGAGAAGCCCUUCUCCUGCUGUUUCUGCGACAAAUCUUUUAGUAAUAAGCUCGCCAUGAAGAAGCACGUGACUAUUCAACACACCGGUCAGAACUUCGCAUGCGGCAAGUGCGAUUAUGUUGGCAAGUCACUCAUUUCUUUCGACAGCCAUGUUAAAACGCACGCGACGUCAUGUUCCGACGAAGAAAACAAGAUGAAAAAGCUGAAACAAGAAAACGAAACAAAUUGUACUACGAACGAUGAUAAAGUAUGUAUUAAUGGAGAAACGGUACAACACGAUGCCGAAUCUCUUGAAAGUGCACGCGUCAAAGAAAAUGCUGACAAAAAGCUAUCAGCAAUUAACGGAAAUAAUAGUCAAAAAACAAACGGGUUUAGUUUUGUUUCCGUAAAAAUGGAUCCGGAGAAUUUCGAAAAAGAAGCCGUCAUCAUAUCCAGAUGAAAGCGUGCAAUGUAUUCCUUUUCUUAAACAUGAACUGAAUGACUAAAUUUGUUUUUGAGUCAUUAAAACGAGUUUAGAAGGAAAGGAAUAUAGAAGAAUCAACAAAUUAUCCUAUUGUGCAACCAAAAAACGUUAAAUAUGAAUGUUGGUACGUGUUUCGUACAGCGUGUGAUGAUGCAUAUUGGUACAAAAGUAGUUUAAUGUUGUACAUUCUCUGAUGUUUGAAUAUCUCUUUCUCUCGAGUGUGCUUUUAUGUUAGUUGUGUGUGGCUUGAUUAGAGUGUUUGUGAAUUUUCUUUCGUGCGACUGGUUGUUGAUACGCGGUUGAUACUUUAAACUAUCGUGCAAAUAAAAACCGCGAGGAAUGAGUAAUAGAUGCAUAUAUCUUUUCGCGCGUAUGUUAAGUAACAUCUUUAUACACCACAAAAAAUGGGCAUAGUUAUUUUUUAGUGCAGAUAUCGAUAUUGAUCGUUAGAGCCACCAAUUACAUUUCUGCCAUACAAUUUUUCCUUACAUUCCUGUAUUAAAUGUAAAGUAUCAAAAAUUUAAUAUAUUUAACAUUUAUACGCAAAGUAUCAUUUAUAUAUUUCGAAAAGUAAUAACAAAAUAUUAUUUUUUAAUAAUUAAUAUAAGAUGUAAUUUAUGACUAUUCUAAGAGUUUUGUGCGUGAUGAUGUAUUUUCGAUAUUCUAAAGCUUCUCACGUUUAUCAGAAUUUAAAAAAAUGAUAUUGUUAAGUUUCUAAAGUUUUUAACUAACACAAUUUAAUUUAGAAAGUUUAAACUUUCUAAGAAAUAUCAUUACUUAUAAAUUUUACAAUAUUUUUGACACUAUUUUAUGUGUAUGAGAAAGCAUCUCCAAAAAGUUUUGAAAUAUGUGAUAUAAUAUACGAAACGUCACGUGGGCAUUCAUGUAUUAUAUAACUUUCAUUUAAUGUAAUAACAUAUAUUAUUCACAUUUAUCCGAUUAAGAUUGCAUAAACUGUGAUACAUUUUCCUCCAAAAUUUCUUUUCUAAAUGUCACGAUCACAUCCAUUUUAUGUUUGCCGAUCUCUAAGCUCUAAGCUAUUGUGUGAUCAAUCUUCAUUAUAUUUAAGAUACAUACAUUUAAAACUUUUAUUCUGUAAUUUAUAUUUAAUUUUAAAUGCCAAUCUUUCUCAAACACUUUUAUUUUCUAAUCUAUGUAAAUCUUUUUAUGAUUAUAUAAGAAAGCAAACACCGUAUCAUUUAUACAUCAUAAAUUAAAAUACUUAGAAAUAAAAUAGAAAGAAUAAUUGCUAUGAUGUUGUAGCUAACAAUACAGAAAUAUAUUUCUGUCUUACAUUUAUUUUUCG